AUGCAUUUAGAACUUGUUUUAAUUUUGCGUGUAAAUGUAAAAUAUGAAUAUAUUUUUACCAUUCAUUUGGUUUUUCGAAAAGUUAACUUGAAUGAAGGUCGUAUGAAGCAUGUGGCAAAAUCAUGGCAUGUUGAAAGACCUGACUUAAUUGGAUUGGAUUUUUUAUGGGACUUAUAUCUUGCCUUGCCAUCAUCUGAUGCAAGUUUAGAUGGUGGUCAUUCCAAUCGUCCUGUGGAUAGUGAAACAAUUAUGAGAUCCACCUCCGAUAUCGACAAUUCAACUGGAAACAAACCACAACUUGGCAGUCCAUCUAAACAGUCCACAACAACUGCAAUACUGUUUUCAUCUUUACCAGCGUCGAAACCAACACCUGAUGCUGCUAAACCGGCUAGAUUACUUUUGUUAAAUGUUCACUGGGGUCAGUUGGCACCAAAACUGAGACGUGAUCCAGAAUCGUGUUACCGUCGUUUCUUUGAUACUUGUAGACGGCGACUAGAAGCCAAUUAUGCAUUGGGUCGUGGACUAAUCACUGAAUAUGGAGUAACAUCAGUUUUGGCUGAAACCGGCGAACUAUUAGCUGCAUUAAUGUUGGGUCUUGGACCCGCCACAAAAGCAAAACAUUGCAGUCGUACUGCAGCCAAAUUAGCUAUACGCCGUUUAUUGGGUUUAGUUUAUGCAUUUAUUCAGUCAGUUGAGGAUGAAAUGUUUGGUUCUCGUUCUUAUCUUCCUAACUGGAAACCUCAUGGUUGUACAUAUCGUGGUUGGGAUAUGCACUUACUUGUUAAGAUUGAAACAGUUAAGCAAGGUCAACCUCAUGUCUCAGUAACUAACCUUACGACUGUCGGUAGUCAGUCCGUAAACAAGUUGUCAACAAGUACUUCGAACAUAUUAACUGACUUUUAUCAACAUUCUGAUCACAUUGAACCAAUAUCACUACUAGCUCAUUCAAAUGAACCUCUUAGCUCGAUCCGGGAUAGAGCUUAUCUUGCUUCUAGCGCAUUUUUAUUCGCUUCUCAAUCCCAACCAAAUUAUCAGCAAGACUCCUGUCUGUCUCCUUCUUGGACAGUGGCUACUUUAUCUCUUGAAGAAGCACCAAAGCCGAAAGUCUCUUUUUUAAAUGAAUCAAGAAAACCGAUUAAGAAGACCAUGUUUUCCCAUGAUACAUCAGGUCAGCAUGCUGAAAACAAAUCAAUCAAUAGAGAAAAACCAUCUCAGCUUUUAGACACUGUUUUGAAUCGUAAACCUAUUGGAGAACUUGGAUUUCAAAUUGGUCGCCAUUUAGUUGUCCGAUUCUAUGCUGAAGCUAACCCUCGUUCACGCAGCCGAGUUAGCACCACAAGCGCUGUUUCUUCUGUUACUACAACAGCACCUGGGCUAUCCAGUAAUUCUCCCUACAACAGUUCUUUUUCGUUAGCUGGUCCGUAUUCUUCUACUCUGGAAUUGACAAGCGAAUAUCUUAAUAACCCUACUUCUCUUCCUAAUACAUAUAAUUUGACAAGUGAUGAAUCCAGUCGUCUAUUAAGUUCGUUCCGUAAACGCUUGGAAAUUCCUUCGUUCAGCAGUAGUUUUUUGACCAAAGGUUCAUCUCUUCUUAGUUUAAAUGCAAAGCAGUCAGUAGUAGAACUGCCAGCAGAUUCCAAUCAAGCUCAGCCCAAUUCAGCUCACGUGUCUAAUGUUAAUAUCAUCCUUCCAAGUGUAUGCUUAGGACAAGAUUCAGCAGUUUAUGAGCUUUUAUUUGAAUUAGCUGAAUCUGAACUUCAUCACCCUUCUACAAGUACAUCAUCUGGAACAUAUUUUUCUUCAACGUUUGGUUUUAUUCAUCCUGUGAGAUUACUGCUGGCAUGUUUACCAACGUACAAAUCACUUCGGUGUGAACGGAAUGGUAGUGGUGGUAUGCACUUACAAUAUAGUUUAGUAUGUAACCCAUAUACACUACUAAAUUCAUCUCCUUAUCGUGUUCUCUACAAACUGCAACUGUUGAGUUCCGUUUUACUUCCAAUAGACUCAAGUCCGUGGUGGGAGACGUCUCCAGGAUGUUUACUUUCGCCACCAUCUUCAGCUUACUUCAUCAGUUAUCCUUCUCACUCAUCCACUGUUUCGCAGGCCUAUAAACUAUUAGAAUCUGUUUCCGUUGGAAGUAAUCUUAGAUCUAGUUCAACAGGUAGACGACCUUCGCAAUCUCGUGUACAACCUAUGAAUGGUGAUUCUAAAUGUGAUUGGUUUUUAUCUGUUGAUGCAAUAAAUGUGAACUCUCAAUCAUCAAAUUCAACUUCUGCACCGCCUUCACCAAUACUUUCAUCGCGUCGUAGUUUAAAAGUGUUUUCUGCCUUUCCACGUUCAACAGAUGUGUUUUCAUCUAAGGGGAAAUCUCAGAAGAACACUCCAAAAGAUUUGAGCUUAGUUGCUGAUGCUCCGCUUAUUGAAUACAUUGAAGCAUUGGUUCAGUUAUUGGAAAGAAAUCUAAUUCCAUUCUUUCCUACAUCUCCGCAUAAAAUUCCGAAUUCAACUAAAAAACACAAUUCUCCUUUUCCUUUUGUACUUCGUUCAUGUCAUACUCAUCGUCAUUUCGAUGCUAGUGAAGGUGAAUUUACAAUAUCCAGUGAAUUUCAUAAUACCGCAACAGAUAACACUAAUUGGUGGAGACGUGAAGUACGACAUUUAUGUUUACAGUUAAUAGCUUCUUUAUUGAAUCCAGUUACUUCAGGUAGUAAUGAUAUCAACAGUAACCGUCACUUUACAACAACAGUGCAUAAUUCGCGCAAAGGAAGCAUAACACCUGAACAAAUAUCCGUCCUACCAUCAGACUCAUUGGUUUAUCAGAUAUCUUCUUCUUUGGCUUCGAGUCUGCUUAAUGCUUUAUUAGAAACUGCACUGGUUAGUGCUGGUAUUGACGUGGAAUUGCUUGAUCAUACUCUUACAAAGCAACAGCCUUAUUUGUCUACAACUUCAGUACAAUCUAUGAAUAGAUUGAAUACGUUCUUAUCACAUGUUGAUAGUAGAUCAGGUGUUGCUGGUAUCAUUGAAGCAAUCUCUUAUUUUGGUAGAAAAGUUUUAUUUCAAGAUGUUGAAAUUAGCGUACAGUGCAUUCGACUCUAUUUUCAAUGUAUAAUAGCCUAUCCAUCUACAUUUGUUGACGUUUUGUUGAAAUCCGUUAAUUUGGAAGAUAAAUUCAUCAAACUUCUCGUGUAUUCUCCAUCCGAAAGAGUAAGAGGUGAAAUGGCUCGACAGUUGGAACAGUUAUGUAUUCUUGUGUCCCCUUAUCUAUAUACGGGUAGUACCUGCUUUCUUGUACCAAAUUCUUCACAAUGUUCGCUGCAUAGUUUUGUUCGGAAUCCAGAAAUAUUAAAUCUCAUUCUCAAAGCUAUACUGCAUACAUCCUUGCCAUUUUCCGAUGUAAAACUUGACAUUAUGUCAUCGUCAACAGCAAAUAUUUUAAUUAGUCAGUGUGCAGAAUAUUUCCGUGUACGAGGUUUUCUACUCGGUCAAACUCCGGUUCGAAUUCUUAAAGAGAAUUUCAACACAGAUCAUAUCACUAUUCUACAGAAUGAUCUAUCAUGGUUCAGAAAAAUGAUGGAUUUUGAUAACGAUCUGUUAUCGUAUCAAAUUAUAAUCAGCGAUUGUCUAUUAGCUGGUCAUCUGGAUUCAGUUCGCUUAUUUUGUGCUCAGUUGGUAGCUUCUGUCAGUAGUCAUUUUAUGUGUACAUUCAGUGAUAAUGGAUCAAGUGCAUUUUUGUCAGUAAUGGAUAAACCAGCUUCUGGAUUGAAUCAUUCCAAUUUUUCACGAAAUGAGUCUACCACCGAUAGCCAAUUAUUGCCAUCAGUAAAAUUGUUGGAAGCAUUAGCAAAACCGAGUGUAUUAACAACCAAUCUAUAUGAAGGUAACAAGUGUCAAUCUACUUUAAACAAUGAAUUCACCAAAACCAUGAUACCUAUUCAUUCGUCUGCGGCAUUAAAAAUAGCUACAGAGUGUUUAUACUUAUCAAGAGAUUUUAUUUAUUAUCUUGUAGUAGAGUGUUUAUUUCCUGCAGCCAGAUACCUUCUUUCUGAUCAAGCAACAAAGGAAUUAUUGUUAAAUGCACCUACAUCGUCUUCGUCUCAGAAAUUUUCUAAACGAGAACAUUUGAGGCGUACAUUAUCGGCUUUAUCCAAACAUUGUAACCUUCCGCAGUUGGAUGCAUUUAAAAGUGCUCUUCCGUUGACAAAAAAAGCAGCAUUAUCUUUCUUAAGCUUUGUAUGUCGUAUAGAUUGUCAAAGUUUAGAGAAGCUUGUCAAUUUACUCAUUCUUCUUCAUCACUCACACAAACCAGAUGAAAUCGGACCUAAACUUGAUACAUCGUCUAUUACCAUGCCUGGUUCUAUUUGUUCAUCAGAAAUAACUGAUCGUAAUUCAAAUAAAAAUACUACAGAAGAAUUUUCGAACCCACAGAAGGCUAGUUCAAUACCACAAAAUAUGACAGGAAAGGCUGAUGUUCACUGGGAUGUGCAGCCCAUUGUAGUUGGACGUGCAGAAUGCGGAUUUGUUGGUUUACGUAACGGUGGUGCAACGUGCUAUAUGAAUUCUGUUCUGCAGCAGUUAUUUAUGCAACCUGGUGUAGCUGAAACAUUGUUGGCUGUUACAGAUACGGAUGAUACAGAUGAGAAGAAUAUUCUCUUCCAAACACAGCGUUUAUUUGGUCAUUUACUUCAAUCUCAACGGGAGUAUUUUGAUCCAGUUGGAUUUUGGAAAAGCUUUCGACCGUGGUCAACAAAUGUAGAGAUCAAUCCAUUCGAACAACAAGAUGCCUUUGAUUUCUUUCAGGCUUUAAUUGACCAAUUAGAUGAUGGAUUGAAGAAAAUGAAAAGAGCACCAUUUUUCCAAGCAUUGUAUCAAGGCAUUUUCCUUGAUUCUAAGUUUUGUGAUGAAUGCGAUCAUCGUUAUGAUCGUGAAGAAGUGUUCAGUGCAAUUAAUUUAGCUGUCAAAGCUAAUGAUUUACAUGAAGCUUUGAAUCAAUUUGUUCGUGGUGAAGUACUUGAAGGCGAUAAUGCCUAUUAUUGUGAACGUUGUUGCGUUAAACGUCGAGCAGUAAAACGCUUAUCUAUACACACACUACCCCCGGUAUUGUGUUUGCAUUUGAAGCGUUUCGAUUUUGAUUGGGAUCGUCAGAUACCUACAAUUGGAUAUGAGUCCCUAUUAACUGGUUCCAUACAGAAAUUCCGAUCGGCUGCAUUUUUCUCCCCUCAUUCAUCGACUUCAGCGUUAUUGCAGCGUGCAGCAAAGGAAGAUAUACCGUCACCUGAUCCGGAUAAUUCGAAAACAAAUGAUGAUGAAAAAAGCAAUGUUGAUGUAAAUAAAAGUACAGAGAGGAAUGUAGAUAUAGAAAAUCCAGUCACAUUUUCCAACUCUCCACCUUCCUCACCAACAUCUUCACGAAGCGGAAUAUAUUCUUUCCUCGAAAUGCCUAGUGCUGACAAUAUUGAAGAGACAGAAGUAGAGAAGAAUGAUGCUCUUAAAGCUACAAUUUCUCCAAACAUCCCUUUGUCAUCCUAUAAAAAACCAUCAAAUAAUGAGGCAACAGAUAAUAUAUACAAACUUGUUGGUGUUGUUGUUCACUCGGGUCAAGCGAAUUCUGGUCAUUAUUACUCGUUUAUCAAAGAUCGUCGAAGUAAAACCCUUUCACGUCCACCCAUCAUUUUUCAAAACAAUGAACAAGUGACCGCAAGUACAAACAAUCAAAAUACUUCAAUAAUAUACCAAUCUCCUGACCAUAGUGUACAAAGUUUUGAAACGUCUCAGUUAGAAACCAUAUCUGAAAAUCAAAGUCAAAUGGAACGUUUGCGUACACAUCAUACCACCAAUAAUCUAAAGGAUAGUGUAGAAAAUUGGUAUAGAUUCAAUGAUACAUGUGUUGAACCUGUAGAAUUAACAGAUGACCUACUUGAACAUGAAUGUUUUGGUGGGACGUAUAAAGUGAUUGGAAAUGACGGAAAAUCAGUUGAAACUCGUACCAGAUACUGGAGCGCAUAUCUUUUAUUUUACGAACGAAUUGAUAUUCACUGUUCAGUGUAUAAACAACCUGAAACAGUCAGCGAUUCACUCAGUAACCAACAAACAGAUCUUCAAAUCGAAGAACAUCGUGAUGAGAGAAAUUUGGAUCCAGAUUUAUCUCAUAAUGACCAGUCACAAGCAGGUAUCAAAUCGAAUAAACAACGUAGUGAAAACAGUUCAUCCAUCAUGACCACUUCUACUACCAUUAACAAGACCAAGUCAGUCCUAAUGCCCACACCCAUUGCACAACAAAUAUGGACAGAAAAUAUGAUAUUUCUACGUGAUCAAAACGUGUACUCCUAUGAAUAUUUUAAAUUUGUGCGAGAUUUGUGUGAAGGCAUAUUGACAGAUGUUGGAAGCUUACGCCAAGAACCGGAACGUGGUGUACUCGGGACGAAAUUAAUAUCUCAUUUUCUGUUUAACACAUUUCUCUGUUUACAUCCUCGUGUAAAACUCAGUAUGGCUUUGAACUCGAGUGAACUGGUAACAAGUUUAUCUGCAACAACUGUUUCAGAGAUAUCAACUAAGCUGAACUCUGAUUUACUUGGUUUACUAACUCGGUUGGCCACUACAAAUCCUAAUGCAGCACGUUGUUUAAUGCAUUUCCUCUAUGUUAGUCCAAAUCAACCAUGUCUGGUCUCUAUGUUGCUUGAUCCCAAACCAGUAGCUCGUCAACAGUCUGCGAAUAUGAUUUUAACAGUGUUACAGGCAUUUUAUUCCUUCAAAGAAACUAACAUACUUGACGGUGCAUUGACAGGCUUGAUAAAUUAUCUUCUUGGGCUAUUUGACAAUGGUCAAAUAGUUGAACACUUGACAGAAGCCGGUGCUUUAUUCGCUAUGCUUCGAGGUUAUGCAGAAAUGUGUCCACAUGCUACUGUACACUUGUCUAAUUUAAAAGCAACUAAAAGGCUGUUGAAUUUUUUCAUUGAACCGAAUCCUCCCAGUUCAUUUUCACCCAAUGAGACCCCUGUUUGUUACCCGUCGUUUACUGGGAAUGCACCAGACUGGACUCAUAAACUACGCGUAUGGAGUCCAGCACAGCAUAGAGAAAUGGGUAAUUUAUAUUACCUGCUUACUAUAAUGCUACGUCAAACAUCGUUUGACGCCUACAGAAUACCAGAUACAUCAUCCGUUCAUGAUGCUGCUCCUCAUCCAUCCUUAGCGCACCGUCAGUCAUCACAAAGUCGAUUGUUACUUCGACCUCAAAAGGAAACUGUACUUUGGCUUGGUUUAUCUAUGCCACCUUUGACAAAUCAUAUCUUAGAGCUGUCCAGUACAACAAAUCGGUACUCCACUCAACUUGUUGGAUUGUUUCGGUUAUGUGAAGUCCUUCUAAAAGCAUAUUUAGAGAAUCCUGUUAUACCAAGCCUAACCUCAUCACUCGGUCUUGGUGAUGGCCUUAGUUAUACAUCUUCAGUGACAAGUGGUGGUGGUGCUUCUACAACUAGUUUAAGUAACACUGCAAAUUCAGCAGGCCCCUGUCCUACUACAGCUUUUAGUGAGUUACCAAUAGUAAUGGGAGGGGAACCUGUAACACUUCGACAGCGGAUCCGUGAAUUGAUGGUACAUAUAUCGGCAAAUUCAUGGGAUGCUUCCCAAUGCUUCAUCAUAGCUUUACUUGAUCGUAUUCACAGUCGUCCACAAAGCUCUAUUAGUCAGUCAAAUGAGGUAAUCGCUCACCGUGGUGAUGAAGAGAUAAGUGAACAUGGACCUCCUCAAGUUGUAGGUCUGUUGGAUCUAAUCCAUGCAGAUUAUAGCCAAGAUCCUCGACGUGCUUAUCAAUGUACAAAAUUCAUUGUUGAACUAUCCACUCAAAAUACAGCUGUAGUUAAAUAUUUGUCACAUUUCCAGAGAAAUGGGAACCCAUUGUAA